AUGGCAGACCCAGCUCCAGGUGCAGCCCCAGCCCCAGCCGCAGCUCCAGCUCCAGCCGCAGCUCCAGCCCCAGCUCCAGCACCAGCUCCAGCCCCAGCUCCAGGUGCAGCUCCAGCUCAACCAGCACUUAGACCAGCAGAUUUUCUUCCAGACCCUAAGUUUACUGGUGAAGAUGUAUCUAAUGAGAAAGCGAUCAGUCAUUGGUAUCUCUUUACAUACUAUUUGCAGGUCCAUGGAUUAGAUAACCCCAAUGCUGCAGCAAUGCCAGCAGUAACGGUUAGGUUUAGAUUGUCUCUAGCAGGAAAUGCAAGAUUGUGGGCACAUGGUCGCAUGUUUACAGACCUGAAUGAUAUGAGAGACUCAUUCAUCCAGCGGUUUAGCCAACACCAUAGCGAGUUUGCCAAUGUCAAAUACUUUGACAACAUUGUUUACAAAACAGGUGAAUCUGCAGAGCAGUUCUUGCAGAAGAUAAGAAUUGCAGGGCAGAGGAUAAACUACAAUGAUCAACAGAUCCGAACAAAGUUUUUACACUCUCUGCCAGAAGAAUGCCAGAGAGCAGUUGUCAUGGCCGCUCCAGUUGGAGCCAAUGCCCAAGUUCUUGCCAAUUUAGCCCAAAAGUACUUAGAUAUCAUGCCGAAAAGUGUAUCCUUUACAGAUCAGGUGCAUGUAGCAGCUCCCUCCCAAGAUGUAAGGGACAUCAAGAGUGACAUUCAAGAACUAUAA